UCUAUCGCCCUGUCAGUUCCGUCGUCGUCUGAACUUCCCCAACAUUUUCUUUUUCUUUUUUUUUUCAAAUUUUUGUUUUGCGAAAGUUAUCGGAGCAGAAUUCAAAGUUUCGAACUCCUAUGAACUCAGCUGAUCAUAAUCGAAGCCCUAAAACCCGUAGCAAACGAUCCCCAAUUCUUCACUGAUGCGGUGGAUGACCUCACUGUUAUCAUCGUCAUUCGAGCACUGGGCUUCCGAUUGGGUCGGGCAGAGCUUGCUAAGCAGCUACUCGACUCCUAUAUGGGCAACUCUGAUCGGAGGAUUCUUCACUCUUCUCUCUCUCGCCCUGUCUAUUUACCUCCUGCUCGAGCACCUCUCUGCUUACAAGAACCCCGAGGAGCAAAAGUUUUUGAUUGGAGUAAUAUUGAUGGUGCCGUGCUAUGCUAUUGAAUCUUUUGUGUCCCUGCUGAAUCCAUCAAUCAGUGUCUACAUCGAGAUAUUACGUGAUGGAUAUGAGUCCUUUGCUAUGUACUGCUUUGGAAGAUAUCUUGUUGCCUGUUUAGGUGGGGAAGAGAGAACACUAGAAUUUAUGGAGAGGGAAGGACGCAUAGGUUCAAAGGUACCACUACUAGAAGAUGGUCAUGAGAGGGGAAUUAUAAACCAUCCUUUUCCGAUGAAUUACAUUUUAAAGCCAUGGAAACUGGACCGAGGGGUUUAUGAAGUUAUAAAGUUUGGGAUUGUUCAAUAUAUGAUAAUAAAAGCAUUCACUGCUAUUGCAGCAGUAAUUCUUCAAGCUUUCAAUGUCUAUUGUGAAGGAGAAUUCAAAUGGAACUGUGGGUACCCUUACUUGGCUGUGGUUUUAAAUUUCACUCAGUCAUGGGCAUUGUAUUGCUUGGUUCAAUUCUAUACCAUUACAAAGAAUGAGUUGUCUCAUAUCAAUCCACUGUACAAAUUUUUGACAUUCAAGUCAAUCGUGUUUUUGACUUGGUGGCAAGGUGUGGCUAUUGCCCUUUUUUGUAGUCUUGGUAUCUUCAAAAGCCCAAUUGCUCAAGCAUUGCAGUUUGAAUCAAGCAUUCAGGACUUUAUUAUUUGUAUUGAGAUGGGCAUCGCUUCUGUGGUACACAUGUAUGUUUUUCCUGCAAAACCAUACGAGUUGAUGGGUGAGCGCUUUGCUGGUGCUGUAUCAGUACUAGGGGACUACCUAUCUGCUGACUGCCCAAUAGAUCCCGAGGAGCUUAGAGACAGCGAGCGUCCAACUAAACUGCGUCUUCCCCAUCCCGGUAUUGAUGAUUCUAACAAAACAGCAAUCAGAGAGAGUGCUCGGGAUGUUUUUAUUGGUGCUGGUGAAUAUAUUGUGAAUGAUGUGAAGUUCACUGUAAAUCAAGCCGUGGAGCCUAUGGAGAAGGGAUUCACAAAGUUCAAUCAGAAACUGCAUAAAAUCUCUCAAAACAUGAAGCACGCCAAAAACAAGAGAGCCAAGGAUGAUAGUUCCAUGGCGACAUCAUCCCAAACCCAGAGGGUUAUACGUGGAAUAGACGACCCUCUUUUAAACGGAAGCUUCAGUGACAGCGGGACACCCUCUAGGAAAAAGAAACAACGUCGGAAAACAGGAUACACAAGCGAAAGCGGUGGCGAAAGCAGCAGCGAUUGUACUUCUGGUGGUUUCCAAAUACGCGGCCGCAGGUGGGUUACCAAAGACUAGGUAGGAAGAAGAAUCCUGACCAUCCAAAAGAAGGAAGAUUGAGGAGAAUAGCUAAAACAUCUUGGCAUCAAGUUGGGCUGAUGAGACCAGACUUUCAAUUCACUUCUACCCCAACAACAGAUCACUGCAAUAUAAUGUUGCUUUCUGCUCAACUUAAAGCUUUUGUCCAGAGGCUGUGCCAUCAUCUCCUUGGAUGAUCAAAGUGUUUGUGUUUGAAUAUAGACCUACCUGUGUAUAAUUGUUGUAACACACACACAUAACGGCCUAACAAAAUGGCUUGUAAUUCUAUUAUUGUGCGUAAUAUUAAAAUCUUAAUAAUUUCACAGAGGUGUUAUCGAGAA